AUUCUAUUCAAAUAAAUUGAAAAGGAUUACAGUGGGGAGGAGAACCACAAGCUAAAGAUAAGACAGACCUCCCUAUUUAUGUACCUUCUCAACCCAAAAGCACAAGACAUCAAACAGCCAUGGCUAAGGCUUUUUCUGAGUUUCGGCCACUGGACGAGACAUCCCUCAUAGACUACAUAAAAUCUGUACCCUCUCUCUGUUCCAAGCUCCACAACAACCUCAACGGCUUGGAAAUCAAAGAAGUAGGAGAUGGCAACCUCAACUUCGUCUUCAUCGUCGUUGGUUCUUCUGGUUCUUUUGUCAUCAAGCAGGCUCUUACAUACGUGCGUAGCAUAGGCGAGGCAUGGCCAAUGUCAAAAGACCGAGCCUAUUUUGAAGCAGCGGCGCUGAAAAAACACGGUCAUUUGUGUCCCGGCCACGUGCCUGAAGUUUAUCAUUUUGAUCACACUAUGUCGUUGAUUGCAAUGCGUUACUUGAAGCCUCCGCAUAUCAUUCUGAGAAAAGGGUUGGUUGCUGGGAUUGAGUACCCUCUGCUGGCGGACGACAUGUCGGAUUAUAUGUCGAAGACUCUGUUUUACACUUCCCUCAUUUACAAUUCCACAACAGAGCACAAACAAGGUGUUGCUGAGUUUUGUGGGAAUGUGGAGAUGUGCAGGCUCACCGAGCAGGUCGUUUUUUCUGAUCCUUAUAAAGUUUCUGAAUAUAAUCGAUGGACCUCUCCUUAUCUUGAUUCUGAUGCUGCGGCUCUGAGGGAAGAUGAGGCUUUGAAGAUUGAGGUUGCUGAGUUGAAAUCUCUCUUCUGUGAGAGAGCCCAAGCUCUGAUACAUGGAGAUCUUCAUACCAGUUCCGUAAUGGUGACCCAAGAAUCAACCCAAGUUAUAGACUCUGAAUUUGCAUUUUAUGGGCCAAUGGGUUUUGAUGUUGGUGCUUUUUUGGGCAACUUGAUUUUGGCUUUUUUUGCACAAGAUGGGCAUGCGGAUGAAAAGAAUGAUAGAGAAGCAUACAAAGGUUGGAUUUUGAGGACAAUUGAGAACACUUGGAAUCUUUUUCAGAACAAGUUUAUAGCUCUGUGGGAUCAGCACAAAGAUGGUUCUGGUGAGGCCUAUCUGCCUGCGAUUUACAACAGCUCUGAGAUUCAGCAGCUUGUGCAGAAGAAAUUUAUGGAAGAUUUGUUUCAUGACACCCUGGGAUUUGGUGCUGCCAAGAUGAUAAGGAGAAUUGUUGGAGUGGCGCAUGUUGAGGAUUUUGAGGCGAUCAGUGAUGCUAGCAAACGGGCGGGUUGCGAGCGAAGGGCUCUUCAGUUGGCAAAGCUGCUUCUCAGUGAGAGGCGAAAAUUUCAGAACAUUGCUCAAGUUGUUUCAGCCAUUAAACAAGGCAAAUAAUAAUGCAUAGUGGUUCCUUAAACGAAUUGCAGGUUAUAAGUGUUCAUCCUCCAUUCAAGUCCAGUGCUCGUUUCCAUUCGAGGUCCCGUGUUCGUUUCCUCCUGCACCUAAGAUCCGUGUGUUCGUUUUCUCGCCCUACAACAGAUUCUGAUAUAAAUUGCUCCCUCAGAUUACCGCAUAAGUCUGGUUUUUAAUUUUCUUUAAAUAGUGAUAAAGAAUAAUUAUAAUAAAGAAAUUAUAGUACGAUAAGGCCUUUUUGGCAGGGCAUCGGAAGUUUGUUUAAUUUCCAAUUAUACUCAUAUUAGAUAAUAAUAAGAAAUGCAUUUAAUGCUAUAUCAUAA